AUGCAGCUCAUCUCCUCCGUAGCCGCAGCUACCGCCGUCCUCGCCGGCAGCGUUUCUGCUGUAAACUUCACUGGCGAUGUCGUAAACGGAGUCCCGGUCAUCAGCGGGCUCGACCUCGCUGAUGUGCCCCCGCAAACCGUCUCCAAGUACUACAUGCGAGCCGGUGAGCUCAAUGGCGGACACCCUGUACAUAUACCCAUCAUGGUUGCACGUGGAACACCAGAGAGUUUGGAAACUGGCAAGAAGCUGUCCCUCUCAGCCUCCAUUCACGGCGAUGAGCUGAACCCAGUUCGCGUGGUGCAACGCAUCUUCGAGCAGCUUCAGGAUCAAGUCGCGACGCUCAAUGGCACAGUCAUUGGUAUUCCUACACUCAAUCCUAUGGGCAUUUAUCUCAACCAGCGAAAUUACUUCACCUCGGGCGCAUCGGGAUCUCUUACAAACGUUAACCGUAUCUUCCCCGGUACGGCGGCCACGGAAGGAGGUAGUGGCCCUCAGAUUCUAGCCUACAAUAUAUGGAACCAGAUCUGGGCAAACACAUCCAACGUGGACGUUGGUAUUGACUUGCAUACUCCCAGUUCUGGCGGAGAGACCUCGCUGUGGUGCUACUCCGAUUUCCGCCUUCCCUACGUCGAGCGCCUCGCCAAACUCCUCCAACCCGAUACCCUUAAAAUAGACCCGGGCGAGCCGGGCUCUAUCGAGACGACUUUUGUCGAUUAUGGUAUACCUUCCCUCACCGUGGAGAUGGGUCAGGCAAAGGUCUGGAAUAACAGCCUCAUUGACCGCGUAGUCGACUACGUAAACCGCGUCAUGGUGGACCUCAACAUCACGCCUACGAACGAAACUGUGGAGCCCGACCUAAGCAAUACAUACAUUAUCACUACCUUCCACGACACAUGGUCACAGUAUGGAGGUUUCGUUGAGAGGCUCGUGGCCGUCGAUGAGCCAGUCACAAAGGGCCAGCCCAUAGCUCAUAUCAGGAACCCCUUCGGUGACAUUAUCGAGACGCUACUUUCACCAGAGACUGGACGUAUGUUCCAGAGCCCACGCGACCCAAGCAUCGAGCCCGGCGGCAGUGUAGGACAGAUUGCAUACAACAGCACAGAUCCCGAAUGUGCUGAUGGAUGUAUACUAUCGGGGCCUCAACAUAGGCGCUAA